AUGGAUCUGGCCUACGAUCACAUCCAGGAGAGCGCCCUCCCGAAGGACGCCGAUAAGAAGAAGGGCGACUCCACGGACACCAAAAAUGACCAGCCGCAGGCGUCGCUGAACGAGGACCUCCAGGAGGCCUACAAGGCUCUCUCGACGAGUGCUUGGGGCAUGAGGAUCGGCGGCUUCUUGGGGAACGCUGUCAAGCAGGGGCAAUCCGUCUACAAGGAGGCGUCCAAAGAGGUCGCAGAGCUGGGGGAAGAUGCCGCCAAGGGCUUCACCUCCAUCGUCAACCGUACCCGGUCGCUCACCGUCAACACGGUGCAGGGCGAGCCUUCCGGGGAUAAGGGCAAGGAAGCCGAUAACCAGACCACGCCGACGAUGACACGCGACCAGGCCGCCGCCGCCGCCGACGAUGCCAUGAGCAACUCGGAAACUUACAUGACAAAGUUCCGCGCCGAGGCGGCGAGGAGGCUCAAGGAGCUCCAAAAGGCGGAAGACGCUGCCGACGAGGCCCUCCUGCGCUUCGGCACCAACAUCAGCAACUUUUUGAAAGAGGCGGUCAGCAUCGCGCCGCCCUCCGACGCGACCAACCAGAGCGGCGCCGUCCUGUUCGAGAGCAAGGACGCCCAGGGAAAGAGAGUCAUUCACACAUCGAGGCAGGAUGCACAGCUUCACGUCAUUCACACGAGCACCGAGAGUUUCACAACGGAUCCCGCAACGGAGGAGUUUUCGACCUGGGGCAAGACUUUUGAUGUGGAGUCCAAGACUGGGGACAUUAGUGACGAUCUGAAGAAAUACCCUGAGCUGCGGACAACAAUGGAGAAGCUGGUGCCCGAUCAGGUCCCGUACGCCGAGUUCUGGAAGAGAUACUACUUCCUCAGACACGGCAUGGAGGCCGCCGAGGCCCGCCGCCGAGACCUCCUCAAGGCCGCGUCCGCCGAAGACGAAGUUGGCUGGGACGAGUCCGACUCCGAAGAGUCCGAUUCCGACGAGUCCGACGCCGCUCCCGCUCCCGCUCCCGCUGCCGCACCCAAGGCCGAGCAGAAGAAGCCCGUCCGGCCGCCGUCGACCGAGUCCUCCACCACCAUCCAGCCGCCCCCUGCCCCCACCUCCCAAUCCACCCUCAAACCCACCGAAGCCCGCAAGUCCAAUGACGAAAAGUCCCAGGCCGAUAGCGAGGCCAGCUACGACGUCGUCGGCGCCGCCUCGGGCGUCCCCAGCCGCGCCCCCAACAGCCCCAAGGAGGCGCGCAAGGCCGAAGAAAGCAGCGAUGACAGCGACGACAGCGACAGUGACGCCGACUGGGAGUAG